GGCACCGCGGGCGGGAGGAGGAGUCGCUGCCGUCGCUGCUGCCGCCGCCGGGCGCUUCUGGCUCCGCUGCUGCCCUGCCGGGACGGGAGGGGUGGCCGUGCCGCGUCCCGCGAUGCCGCUCUUCGCCACCAACCCCUUCGACCAGGAUGUAGAGAAAGCAACCAGUGAGAUGAACACAGCAGAGGACUGGGGCCUCAUCUUAGACAUCUGUGAUAAAGUUGGACAGUCACGCACAGGGCCUAAGGACUGUCUCCGUUCUAUUAUGAAGAGAGUGAACCAUAAAGAUCCUCAUGUUGCUAUGCAAGCAUUAACACUUCUAGGAGCAUGUGUAUCAAACUGUGGGAAAAUCUUUCAUUUAGAAGUCUGUUCAAGAGAUUUUGCCAGUGAAGUAAGCAAUGUGUUGAAUAAGGGUCAUCCAAAAGUUUGUGAAAAGCUGAAAGCCCUUAUGGUGGAAUGGACUGAUGAAUUCAAGAAUGAUCCACAGCUUAGUUUAAUAUCUGCUAUGAUAAAAAAUCUUAAGGAGCAAGGAGUUACUUUCCCAGCUAUUGGUUCACAGGCUGCUGAACAGGCAAAAGCAAGUCCAGCUCUAGUUGCCAAAGAUCCUGGUACAGCAGCCAACAAAAAGGAAGAGGAAGAUUUAGCUAAAGCUAUUGAACUGUCACUAAAAGAACAAAGGCAACAACAAACAACACUUUCCAGUUUGUAUCCAAGCACCUCAAGCCUUUUAACAAAUCACAAACAUGAGGGUCGAAAGGUUCGUGCAAUCUAUGACUUUGAGGCUGCUGAAGACAACGAAUUAACUUUUAAAGCUGGAGAACUUAUAACUAUCCUUGAUGACAGUGAUCCAAAUUGGUGGAAAGGUGAAACUCAUCAGGGCGUAGGAUUGUUUCCAUCUAAUUUUGUAACAGCUGAUCUUUCUGCUGAGCCAGAAAUGAUGAAAGUUGAGAAGAAAACAGUGCAAUUCAGUGAUGAAGUUCAAGUAGAGACAAUAGAACCUGAGCCUGAACCGGUUUAUAUUGAUGAAGAUAAAAUGGAUCAACUCUUGCAGAUGUUACAAAGUGCGGAUCCAUCUGAUGACCAGCCAGACCUCCCAGAAUUGCUUCAUCUUGAGGCAAUGUGCCACCAGAUGGGACCUCUCAUAGAUGAAAAGCUGGAAGAUAUAGACAGGAAACAUUCAGAACUUUCAGAGCUCAAUGUUAAAGCAAUGGAAGCUCUCUCUUUGUACAACAAACUGGUAAAUGAAGACCCAAUGUAUUCCAUGUAUGCAAAACUACAAAAUCCACAAUAUUAUAUGCAGUCAUCUGGUGUUUCUGGCUCUCAGGUUUAUCCAGGGCAACCUCAAAGUAACACAUAUUUGGUGGCAGGGAGUGCACAGAUGGGCCAUAUUCAAGGCUAUAAUCUUCCUCCUGAACAACUCUCUUCUCUCAGCCAAGGCUCAGUUACUCCAUCUGCCAGCUCGGUACUUCCUGGUCAGCCUACACAGACAUCUUACACAAAUACAAUGGUUGGCUCUGUUGCUGGAAAUACUUACUCUAACCAGGCUUCAGUGUAUAGUCCACCGCCAGCUACUGUUGAUGCUGCUUAUCAGAAUGCUGGAACUAAUAUGUCCCAGGUGCCAAACUAUAACUUAGCAUCUACACCUCUGCCACAGACAGCAGGCAGUCAACAAGCACCUCCACAACAACCACAGCCUCCACCUCAACAACCACAGCAUAGUUACUCACAAAAGGCUCUGCUAUAGGAUCCAGGACUUCUGAUUCUUAAUCUUCUUUAACCUCUGCUAAAGGCAGUUGACAGUUCUAUGAGUUUUUUCCUUUAACCUCUUACACUUUGUUUAUCCUCAGCUUAAUAAGAAUCUAUCUUGGUGAACAAGUUCAAUUUGCACUGACUUUUUAGGAUUUUUUUUUUAAUUUUGCAGAGGAACGGAUAUAUUUAGGACAUUUAAUUCCUUUUAAAAUGCCUAAAAAGGGGUACAAGAUUAUUUAUGUCUGGUAAAAUUGGCUAGUCUGUGAAAACUCAACACUUACAAACUGUUGUGGCAUAUAUGUAAAUAUAGUGUGUGAUUGCAAUAGUGGCCAUUUCAUAUAGCUAUGGUGAUCAUGUGAAUAUAUUUAACACAAAGUUUAAAAAUAAUUUACUAUUUUAUUUUAAUCAUGAACUGACGACCAUGUUUCAUAGUUUUGUCUAGUUUUAUGACAGAUGUGAUGUCUUCUUCUAAUGCAGGAAAAGCAGUAAUUCUGCAUAUCAUGGUUACACUUACAAGCUAAGGUCUAUAUAUGAAUUCACAAACUUAACUGAGUCUAGAUUUCAUUACUUCUUGAAUUGAACACAAGUGUGUCAUGACUAUUAGAUGGCUUACCUACCAAAGUAAACUAGUUAACUAGGAAGUGAUUUGGGGGGAUAACAGCAAAUUAUGAUUCUGCUUCAGAUAUAAUUAAUGAUUUAAAACUACUAUUCAGAGGCUGCUAAACAUAUCAUGGGACCAUGCAACAGAUCAGGAUCUUGCAUUUUGUCAUGAGAAGCAUGUAAUUUAUUUUUUCCACAUUAUUUUUUACAAUGGGAACCAGAACUGUAUUUUAUGUUUGUUGGUAGAGAUUACACCAAAGACAGAGGAGUUAAGUGGGAGGAGAAAUGAUGGAGUAUUAAACUGGAACACACAACAUGAAUAACACUACUUUAUUCAAGUCUUCUAAUUAGAACAUGGAGAAUUAUGGACAAUUAAAUCACUUUGCUGAACAAACCUUCAGGGCUUUAUUUUAUCUCUUGUGGCCUUGCUUAGCAAUUUGUUCUGUUUACUGUUCUUACACAAACACUUCUGCCUUAAACAUCUAUUUCAAUUUCCAGUUGUACCAUUUGAGUUUAUUAGCCCCCUACAGUGUGAAUAGUUUAUGAGGCAUCUUAAUUUCAUUCACUUUCAGGUUACUUUGAAUUAUCUUCUGCAACAACGUGCAUUAGCCUUUUUAAACCCUUGCAUUUCUCAGUACCUUAGCCAGGUGGCUCUAUAAGACAUUAUACUUUCUUUCUACAGCUGAGGUGCUGCAAAAGGAACAUGCCUGAUGGAAGGCAGCAUUUUAGAUACGCCUGAUUAGUUUCUCAUACAAAGACUGUUGUUACCUUGCAUUUAUGUUUAAUCUGUUCAUGCAUCCUGGUUUCCUCUUAUCUUUUCCAUUUACUCUAAUUCCAGUUAGAGAAGUACUAGAUGGCUUCAACAUCAGAUCUAGAUUUUCAGUCUUGUCAGUUUGUAUGUCAGAAGUGGUUUGCUUUUGCAUCCUGUAUUUUAAUGUGGUGCUUCUGGAACCUCAGUUAUCCGAUAUGGUCUGGUCACCUAACAUGCCUUUGUUUCGCUAUACUGGUAUUUUUCCUGUUAAUACUUUCAGAUUGCUGCUUUGCAUAACUUCUAACUGGGGUGGUUACAAAACAUGCCCAUAGCUGAUGUGUUCCAGUUUGAGGGUGUUCUAGCCAGCUGGCUGUUUUGACACUAGUAUUUUAACAUUAUAUUUUUUGCUUCAUAAUUCUAAACACCCUCACAAACUGUCAUUACUGAAGUACUUGGUAUCAUCACAAAAGUCUGUGAAAUUUGAAAGGAAAUACUAAAAAAAAUUAAAUAAUUCUGAGAUAUUGUCACAGAUAACUGUUAAUAGAUUAAAGAGACUUUUCUUUAGAAAAGGCAUGUAGUAUCAUUUAGAUAGUGUUGUCUGUAUGCUUCAAAUACUGUAUUCCAAAAUCAGAGAAACAAUGUUCAGAGAGGUUUAUAACUUUACACAAAAGUGAAAGUAACUUUUUACUCCAUGGAUUCAACAGCUUGAAGCAUCAAAUUAGUCCAUCUGACUUUGACUAUUUAUAUUCUUAGGUUUUCACAUGUUAUGUCACGUGAUCCCUAAGAAGGGCCUAUGGAACUUCUGUACAAACAUGACUCAGCAAAAAUGCUAGUUUGUCUUUGUUUCUAAAAUUUCUCUCACUUCUCAUUUUCCUUCAUGCCUUAGAGUCACUGCUCUAAGGUAUCUUCUGUAACAAAUUAUGAAUUUUAGUUGACUUAGAAUCAAUUUUCAUUGUCCACAACUGGUGCAGCAGAUCAUUAGAUUUUUAAGUUCAGAGUCUUAGUGUUUCUAUUGCAUCCUGCAUUUUCUAUUUCAGAUAAAGUUUUCAGAUUAAAUUGAAUUGGGAGCUCUAUUACUUGAUGUUGAUUUUUUUUCUCAUUUAUCAGAAGAGAUUAUUUUGUCUUCUCAUUUGGUUGUGUCUCAUUUUCUAACUACUCUAAAGUGAUGCCUCCUCCUACCUUGCUUGAUGGUGUCAUUGCACUAAUUCCUUUACCCAUCCUCUCAUAUCGUCUGUGAUAAUUUAGCAGUUUUAUUUUGACCCACGUCCUCUCAGCUGGAUUAGUGUAAUGAACAUGGAGAUGCCAUUGCUGGGGCUUCUCUGCUGUGUUUUAUUCUGAGAUUCUUCAUUUAUGCAUUGUCACCAAGUUAACAUAUGUUCUGUUUUACUGUGCUAUCGAACACUGAGUAUGGGCAAGAGGGCGAAAGUCCAUGUACAGCUACUGUAUGAAAAAGCAAGUAAAGAAAGUGUCAGGAAGAUAAUCUUGUUUAAACUUAAGAAUCCCUGGAAAUGUAUGUUGUUCUUGUUCUAAUAGAACUCCUAAUUUUUGAACGUCUUCUUUCUUUACAUGUAAAUUGUCAAUGAAAGGCUAAAAUUUUCUAAUAAUAUUUUGUAUAAACCUGUGUUAUUUAACCCUUUCAUUAAGGAAUACAAAAAUGUUAACUCCAGAAGGGGUAUUUUAGUGGCUUGUUUAUCAUGAACUGGAUGGAGCAAAUUCUGAAAAGUGCCUUCUGUGCAUUUUACUUCUAUAAGCAAAGUUGUUUACCUGUGUGUAUCAUCUCAGUUUCUGUGGCCAUAAUAAAGAUGUCAAGAUUUACUGUAAAGCAUCCCAGGAAGAAUACCGAGGCAAUGUGUUAAAAUUGGCUCCACUGAUGUCAUGGGAAGAUGUUCCAGAGUGUGCAGUUGCAGAAGCAGUUGCAACGUAUUUACCCACCUCUAUUUAUUAACUGGUAUCCGUGUAGAUGUGUACGUAAUGUCACUGGCCAAAGAACAUACAGGCAGCAGUAAGAAGGAAUAAAAUAAAAGAACUACUGCAUGCUUCUCAACAGGUAUGGAGCUGCAUAUUGCCCUUAUGGUACAGUUGCUAUUCAGGAAUUCUGAGGUGGGAAGAGCUGAAAUGAAUUUGAGUAACCAGAACUUCAGAGGAUUCUGCCAGAUUGCAGAUGCUUAGAUGUAACAAAGGACAUACAUUUUCUUUUAAUAGCAUGGACGUAUUUUGGCGAUCAAAUCUAGGCUGCUAUUAUUAGUUCUCUGUUUUCAUCUAGAUGGCAGGAACAUCAGAUUUACUGGAGAACUGCUUAAUACCUCAUUCUCCAUAUUUUUUUUAGUAUUUUCUCUAAUAUCACCUUAUUUUUCAUUCAUAUUUCAAAUAUAUCUGUGCAGUUGUUACAUGUAAAAGGUUUUAUUCCUUGUCUGCUGGGUUUCACAGACAGAAUGAAAAAGAACAUCUCUAAAUGACAGCAGCUACAAUGGGACUUUGAGUUGCAUAGCUGCAGCUUCCUUUGGAGAAGAUGCAUGUAUAUUUUGAAGAACAAGGGAGCAUAAUUCUUCCAAUUAAAAACUGGGAAAUUUUUUUUUUUUAAGAAAAAGGUAAUGUGAAAGUUACAAAAAGCUCCAUUGCUACAAAAACCUCCAUUGCUAACAGCAGGCAGAAUCAUUUUUUACUCUGUUAUUCAAUCUUAGUAGAGCUGACCAACUCCAUACUACAGGUACUCCUUUUUCAUAUUCAGCUGCAAUGAAGAAUAUUUACCUUCAUCUGUAUAAUAUCCAACACCAUAGUAAAACAUAGGAAGGCCUUGACAUUUGAACUUUUUGCUUCCAUAUGUAAAAAAGACUUUGUACAUUUUUGAAACCUUGUUUCUUAAAUUUAGAGUGUUUGUGUUUAAAAACAUUCCAUUUGCUACUAUGUAAGAUUGCAGAUCUCAAAUUUGCUAUUCAUGCUGCUACCUUGGCAAAAAGGUGGUAGAAUUUUUUGUUUUUUCUAUCCUGCAUGUGCUUCUGGAAAUCCAAAUAAUUUUUGUCUUUGUCAUGGAACAGAAAAGAAGCCUUCUGCGGUCUGCUUUGGUUUUAAUAAAGUAUACAAAGUAGCAAAGUGCAUUUUUUGUUUUGUUUGUUUUGAUGCUCCUUUGAUGUUGGCAUAUGUAUAUAUUUAGAUAUACUGCACUGUUGUACAAGAAUUGUUUUAGUAAAUAACACUAUUUGUAAAAACUGUUAAUUGUUUUUGGUAUGAAUGCAAAAUAUUAAAGUUGGAUUAUUUAGUUCA